AUGAAAAGAGUACUAUCUUCUCAACGGCGUACUGAAGAUACAAUUCCAUUGAACCCUAAUCAUACGCUGAGAGUUAAGAGUAAUCAAGCUAGUGAUAUGGAGCACAAAGGAAAACAUCUUUAUCCUGGUCAACUACAGAAGCAAGAUCAUGUUAUAGAGAAGGAUGCUUAUAAUAUGACAAGCAAAGAGGUUGUUGUUAAGGAAGAUUGUUGUGGUCAAGAUUGUAUAUAUCAGAAGAGGUGGCUUCGGUUUGUGUUGCACGCACUUCGUUGCAACGCAGCAGAAGAUGAGUGUGAAGACAGUAAGGAUUGCUUUGCUCUUAAGAAGAUAAUCAAACAUCAACAAAGCUGCAAGCGCCCUCUUUGCACAGAUCUAUAUUGUCUUCAAAUUCGGAGAUUGAUUCGUCGGUACGAGCUGUACAAGGACCAAAAUUAA